AUGGGGACGCGCGGCCACGUCGCGCUCGCGUUGCUCCUCCUGUCCGCUCUCCUGUUGACGUACACGUUCCGGGACGAGCUGCAGGCGGCGCACGACGCGCUGCAGCUCACGUCCGAGCACCGGCCACUCGGUCGGGUCGACCGCGACGCCCCAGUAAAGAGCGUCACGGUCUUCCGCAAUGGGUUCUCGACGGGCGGCGUCGAGAUGGAGCUCAGUGCCGCCGUAUUGGCGACCAAACGGGCCCAAGCGGGCGACCUGGCGGCGUACUUGUCGCAGUUUGUUGCCGUCGAAGGGCCGUUCACGUCGGACACUGCGGCCACAAACGAGCGCAGCGACGCAAAAGACGACAUUGACGACGACGACGUUGACGACGUUGACGUCGCUCGUGUCGUUGCUGACCGCGUCUUUACCGGCCGCGGAGAACUCGUGCAGACGUUUUCCGACGUUCGAUCCGGUGACGUGCUCUACCUGGUGGCUCCCGGGCUGUCGUUCAUGUGGCCGUUUGUCGCGCUGGGUCACCGCGUGGUCGUGACGCUCGAGACAGGUCCGAACAAAGGGGAGCCGGUGGUGAUCGAGUCGAUCUCCGAGACGCCACGGACGUUCCGCCUGCACCAGUUCUUCCGCGACGACGAGGCGGACGCGUUGAUCCAGCAGACGAGGCAACGAGGUGGCGGUGGUGGUGAUGGCUCGCAGCCGUCGAGUCGAGACGCGGGGAGUGGCAAGCACCGCAUGGCCAGCAAGACGAAAGCCCGCUCGGGCGAGAGCGUGUUCGACGCGGUGUCCGACACUGCGGUAAAUAUGCGCAAGCGCGUGCUUCAGGUGCUCUUGCUUGGACGGGACAGCGACGAAAAGGCCGCGGAUCUGGAACUGCUGCAGUACCAGCCCAAGCAAGCGUACGUACCUCACGACGACUAUUUCCUGGUCGGUGCUGCUCACGGGUUUCGUCUUGACCUGCCUCAAGGAGGCUCCGACCGGUUUGCUACCGUGUUUUUGCAUCUCUCGGAUGUUGCGCGCGGUGGUCAGACCGUCUUUCCGCUAGCCGACAUGCCUGCAGACGGUCUGCCAGCCGAAUAUGGCCACCCGCUGCACGCAGCUCAAGACUAUGGAGCAGCUGGAGCAGAGCUGUUUGAACCAGGCAGCCCGCAGAUGGACAUGGUACGGUCGUGCUCGACAAAGCUGGCGUUUUACCCUUCACGAGGUAGCGCUGUGCUCUUUUACGGCCAAAAGCCAAAUGGCGAGCCCGAUCCCAUGUCGCUGUACGGAGGUUGUCCCGUGAUCGAAGGCGUCAAGUGGGGCGCUAGUCUCCGUGUCGGAAAGAGACACCGCCGUGACUUGGAUGUCGAUCCCCUUGCGUGUAGCGUCACGUUUACAAACCCAACGUCGUGUGCAGUGAAGCUGUACUGGUCCGACAAGCUCAUGAGUACGCUCGCAGCCAACGGCGGUAGCAUCACCUACAAUUCCUUCAGCAAGCACAAGUGGGUACUCAAAGCCGGCGACCGCGUCCUGCUCGAGUACAUCGUGGACGCCACAGAUGGCGAAAAGCGGACGGUCACCGUCCCACUAGUCCACAAAGACGCCACAAAUCAACCAGCAGCAAGCGUCACUGACCAGGCGAAAAAGCGCCUCAGCACCAACGCCGACACGAAAGACGAGCUGUAG